AUGAGUAAAAGCAGAAAUAACUACAAUAGGGAAGAAUAUAAAGAGGAUUAUUUGAAAAUUCUUCCACCAGGAACUGACGAAAAUCAAAAUGUUUAUGGAAAUUUGUAUAUUAGUGUAGGAGAUCUUAUGUGGCUUAAAACAUCCUUCCCUCCUGAAAACACUAAAAUUAGGGUUUCAUUUUGGGGUUAAUAAGGUAGUGGUAGAGUAAUUAUAGCUAAAAAUUCUGCUGAAGAAUUAAAAAAUUAUUAUGUCAGCGAAUUAGAAUAUGAAAUUAGGUGUCCUGUAGUAUUAUUUUAAAAAUAUUUACAGGAUAUGGUCAAACUUAAAAUAGAUAUUUUAGAUAAAAGAAACGAUAAAGUUGUUGGAAAUGUUUUUAUAAACAUGUUAUUAUUUUUAAAAAACAAUCCUAAAGCUGUUAACACUCCUAUUGAAGACAUAAAGGGAUUAUUUCCCAUAUUUAAAGUUCAAACAAAUUGCAAUAAACCAAACAUGACUGAAAAAAUUGGAGAGAUUGAACUAGAAAUGAAUGUCAGAUUUACCAAGUAGCCUCUUAAUAAAAAAUUUGAUCCUAGCCAGUAACAUUUAGAUAGUUCAUUUAUGUACAAUGAAUUAAAAGCUAACUAAGGUCUUGAUCAAAAUAUGCAAGAUUAAAUAUUGUAAGAGAACAGAUCUUAACAAAAGAAUAUAGAUGAUGGUAAAAAAUAAGGUGUAUAACUUUAGAAAUAAGGGAAACAAUUAUCCAAGAUUUAGGAAGAACCAAGCUAAAUGUAAAUUGAAGAUAAUAGAUAUGGUUUGUAAAAUUAGUAAAAAAUGGUAGAUAUACCUUCAAAUUAAAAUGGGAAUUAGAGAUAAUCAAGGCUAAGUUUAUAAGAAAGAAAUAUUCACUUUUAAAAUGAAUAAAAUCAAGAAGGUGAAUUAUCUUCUAAAAAUAAAGAAAAUUAGAAAUAAGCAGAAGAAGAUGAGCAAGCAAUUACAAAUGUCAAGAUCCAAAAAAUAAUUAAAGAUAAGUAAAGUGAGGAGUAUUUACAUAUGCUAGAGAAAUAACAAUAAAAAAUUAUGGAGUAGUCUACUAGGUUUGAUGAAUUUGAAAUACUAGAUCCAGAUUUAGAGUUACUAAAAUUAAGAAUGGAUGAAGCUGAAUUAAUAUCCGGACUCACUGCAGGAAUCUAUGCAGAUUUAGUAAAUGUUCCUCCAGAAAAAAUUCCUGAAUAAGAAAAUUUAGAUCUUAAAAGUGUAAAUACAUAUGUAGUCCAUGCAGAUUCUUUCUUGGCAACUAAUAUGCUCUAUAAGAAGAAAUUGUAAAAGUCUUAACUAUCUCUUACUAUCUAGGUUCCUAUUUUUGAAUUUGCUGAAGAUGGUACACAGAAGGUAUUUUAUGAUUAGUUAUAUAUUCCAUGCCGUAGAUAGCUAUCAUUAGAAUAAUCUCGCUUUGAAUUUAACUAGAGUUUUCCAUGUAAAAUGUCUCUUCGUGAGACGAAUAUUUCCUAAUUCACAGAUUCUCGUAUUUAUUUUUAAUUAUUUGUUGGGGAUGAAGAUCCGUCUAGUCGUAUUGAAUUUGCAAGAGGAGAAUUUAGAUUUGAUUAGUUAUUGCUAAAGCCUUAUCUUAAGGGAGCCUUUGAAAUUCCAAUGUAUCCUUCCUCAAACUUUGUUGCUGGUUAAGGUAAAACUACAAACACAGUAGGAAUUGGAGGAAAUACAAAGACCAUCGGAACUUAAAAUAACUUGAAUAAAACAAAUAACAAAAAAGAAAAUAACUAAAGUAAUUAAAUUGCUGGAGAAUUGUGCAUAUCUGUAGCCUUGCUUAAUAAGAUAUCUCCUUAUCUUUCUGAUUAAAUUAAUCUUCAUCCAAACGUUGCUUAGAGAUAAAAGUAAGAAAUUUAAACAAAAUAAUCUAUUAAAAGGUACACAGAAAUAUCCAGCAUGAAUAAAAUUCCAUUUUAAAUCUUUCUUUUUGUCACAUCACUAAACAACAUGUCUAGAAAUGUAAGUGUCAAUGAAUAAAUCUUAAUUCGCCAUAAAUUAUAUGGAAGAAAUGAAAAUUUAGAAGGAUUGAUGACAAAUACAGAUUUUGCUACUAAAUCAAUUAUAUUUAAUUAUAAGUCCAUAAUGCCCGUUGACGAGCAGUAAAUCUAAAAAAUGAAUGUAGUACCAUUUGUUUUAGAAAUAUGGAAAAAAAAUAAAAUCAAUAACCAAGCAUACUCCCCAUCUACAGCAGAAGAUUUCUUAGGUUUAAUUAGACUCAAUAUGAAAUCCAUCCCUGAGCUAAUUUUGAAUCCUUAAGCAUUUGCCAGCAAUGUUUAUCCUACUUUAUUAGUAGAAGGUGAAAUGCCUAUUUGGGAUCCUUCUACAAAUAAAAAUAUAGGUAAUUGUAAUUUAGCCUUAGCUUUUGGAACUGUUUAGCAAGUUUAAUUCUACGAAUAAAAGGCUAAUGAAAAGCAACAGCUUAAUAAACUAAAUUACUAAUCUACCCUUCCCAUAAACUAAAUAUAAUAAAAAUAACAGCAAUAAACAUAUUAAUAAUAAUCAGAUUUAACUUUUAUUCCUAAAAAUAAUAAAAAUUUAAUAUUAGUUUCUGAUGAUAACGCUUUAGUUAAACAUCAGUAAUAAAUGUUUAUAGUAAAUGAUUAAAGUUAAGGAGCUGUCAAUAAGGAUAAUCAAGUUGAAACAUUAUCAGAAAACGUUGCUAACAGCUAAUUAUCUUAAGAAAAGUAAAUCCACAAAUUUAAAAAGAUAAGAUUUGACAACAUGGAAUACUCAAAAGAGGCUAUAAACAAAGUGUUUGUUUUAAUAAUGGAAAAUAUAAGAAGAAAUAAAAGACGUGCAUAAAAUAUUUUAAGGAAUUUUAUUUUAAAGGCGGAGAAACACCAGAAAAGAGUAACUCUUAGGGAGUUUUACAAUUUUUUAAAUGAUUUACCAAUACAAGAAACUCUGCAUAUUAAAAAUGGUUAUUUGCAUAAAUUAAUCUCUGUUCUAGAUUUUGAAGAGAGUGGUGAGAUCAACACAACUGAUUUUGUAAAGAGCUAUAACAGUUUUUUAAAUUAUGAAGACAUAUUAAGAGAUUCUUACUCUUAUGCUGUAAAAGAGUUUUCUCUUAUACUUAUAAAUAAAUCCUUUACAAUAGCUGAUUUUGAGAGAAUUAUAACAAGAUUUAGUGAAUUUGGAUUUGUGAGAAGAGAACACUUCAAAAGUAUACUUGAAAAAGAUUUUGAAUGUGAUAAUAUACUUGUAAAUAGAUUAAUAGAUCUUUUGGAUAUUCAUGAAGAUGGACUUAUUUAAUCAAAUAUGUUACCUGAUUAUUUAAGAAAUAUAGAAGUUUAUGAAAAGCUUAACUACAUACACUGUGAUUCAUCUAGAUAUGCUGAAUUAGUCAAACAGAAUCUGUAAGAAAAUGUAUUAAAAAAUGAAGAAGGAGUUUAAGAGCUUAUAAUGAAUGAUGAAUUAGCUGAUAAGGUUAUGAGUGCUAGAGACAUACAAUAUCUAAUUCAAGGAUUAGGUUUAGAUAUAUCCUUCUGGGAAGCAACAUGCAUAAUUGAAUCAAUAAGAUUAUAGUUAAAUGUUCCAGUAACAGAUCCCUCAGAUGAAUUUUAAUUGCCAUUUGUAUAUCUUUCUGAUUGGUUACAAUUUAUAAUGAAACAGAAGAAAGAAGACCCUUAGUUUAAUUACUACUCAUACUUAGUUGAAUAGAGAAACAGAAUUAUAGAAGAAUAGCUGUUGAAUAACUAAUUAUCUGACAGAAGAGGAGGUUAAAAGUCUGUUCCUGUUACUUAAAGAAACUAAAACCUAACAGAAAACAGCUCUAAUAAAUAUACAGACCGCUCACAAAAUAGAAAAAGUGAUGCAAAAUAAUAAAUACAAGAAGACGAUGAAGAAGAUUUAAUUUAAUUAGUUAAAAAUAAUUACAAAAAAGUUUGA